CGUUCUCCCUCGUUUCUCUUUCGCAUUCCCAAAUUUUGAUAUUGUAAAAUAAAACCCUAAUUUGCUGAUUUUCUUUCACCCCGAACGAGUUUUCGAUUGUCGAAAUUCGAGCAUCUGAAAAUUAAGGGGGUUUCCUCUGUUUUCUCGCUUCCGUUUGGUUGCUGAGAGAAGGGAAGAGAAGGUAGGAGAAGUUUGUCUCUCAAGGCAUUGCCAUCGAAGCCUAAUACAACUGAUCGGGACGUAGUUCAGGAGAUCAAUAAUUUUCCACAGAACAAAUGGCUACCCUUCAAGAUAUUAGUGUUGCAGCAACAAUUAAUAUUCUGUCAGCACUUGCAUUUCUUGUGGCUUUUGCAAUAUUACGGCUUCAACCAUUCAACGAUAGGGUUUAUUUUCCAAAAUGGUAUCUCAAGGGGAUAAGAGGUAGCCCAAGACGAUCUGGAGCAUUUGUAUCCAAAUUUGUCAACUUGGAUUACAGAACAUACUUAAGAUUUUUGAAUUGGAUGCCUGUGGCAUUAAAAAUGCCAGAACCUGAGCUUAUUGAUCAUGCAGGGCUUGAUUCUGCUGUAUUCAUUCGGAUUUACCUUCUAGGGUUAAAAAUAUUUGUCCCCCUAGCUGUACUUGCUUUUGCGGUUUUGGUGCCUGUCAAUUGGACAGGGAAGUCAUUACAAAAUAUUAAAGAUUUAACAUUCAGUGAUAUUGACAAACUCUCAAUAUCUAAUGUUCCGACUGGAUCAAACAGGUUUUGGGCCCAUAUAGUAAUGCAAUAUGUCUUCUCGUUUUGGACAUGUUAUGUGCUAUACAAAGAGUACAAGAUUAUAGCUACUAUGAGGCUGCAUUUUAUAGCAUCAGAAAAUCGUCGUCCAGAUCAAUUCACGGUCAUUGUCAGAAAUGUACCCCCAGAUCCUGACGAAUCAGUCAGUGAGCACAUCGAGCAUUUCUUUUGCGUAAAUCAUCCUGAUUAUUAUCUUACACACCGUGUUGUUUACAAUGCAAAUAAACUUGCAAAACUGGUGGCAGAAAAAAAGAGUUUGCAAAAUUGGCUUACCUACUACCAAAAUAAAUAUGAGAGAAAUCCUGAGAAGAAGCCAACUACAAAGACAGGUUUUUGUGGCCUUUGGGGAACUAAGGUGGAUGCAGUUGAUCACUAUGCUGCUAAGAUGGAGAAGUUGUGUGAAGCAGAAGCUGCAGAAAGGGAAAGGGUUAUAACUGAUCCUAAGGCUAUAAUGCCUGCAGCAUUUGUUUCUUUCAAAACCCGGUGGGGAGCAGCUGUUUGUGCUCAAACUCAGCAAUCACGUAAUCCUACAAUUUGGUUGACGGAGUGGGCACCUGAACCUCGUGAUAUUUAUUGGGAUAAUCUUGCAAUACCAUAUGUUGAACUCACUAUCCGAAGGCUUCUCAUGGCUGUUGCUGUGUUUUUUCUUACAUUCUUCUUUAUGAUCCCUAUAGCAUUUGUACAAUCAAUAGCCAACAUUGAUGGGAUUGAGAAAGUUCUGCCAUUUCUAAAGUCACUAAUGGAAAUGAACGUUAUAAAAUCUUUCAUUCAAGGUUUUCUUCCAGGAAUUGCAUUAAAGAUUUUCCUGAUACUUCUUCCAACAAUUCUCACAAUCAUGUCCAAAAUAGAAGGCCUUAUAUCAUUGUCAUCUUUAGAGCGGAGGACAGCAGGGAGGUAUUACCUGUUCAUACUUGUCAACGUGUUCCUUGGAAGCAUUAUUACAGGAACAGCAUUUCAGCAGCUACAUAAAUUUAUAAAUCAGUCUCCAACAGAAAUUCCAAAAACUGUUGGCGUAUCCAUCCCAAUGAAAGCAACUUUCUUUAUUACUUAUAUAAUGGUUGAUGGUUGGGCUGGAGUUGCUGCAGAAAUCCUCCGAUUGGUUCCAUUAAUUAUCUUCCACCUAAAGAACGCAUUCCUUGUUAAGACAGAACAAGAUAGGGAGCAGGCUAUGGAUCCUGGUUGCUUGAACUUCUCAAUAUCUGAACCUCGGAUACAACUUUAUUUCUUGCUGGGACUUGUGUAUGCUGCAGUGACACCUAUUCUUCUUCCUUUUAUCAUCAUCUUCUUCUCCUUUGCCUAUAUGGUUUUUCGUCAUCAGAUUAUCAAUGUGUAUGACCAAAAAUAUGAGAGUGGGGCAGCCUUCUGGCCAUCUGUGCAUCAGCGUGUAAUUAUCGGUUUGAUGAUAUCUCAACUUCUUCUGAUGGGAUUAUUGAACACCAAAGAUUUUUCAAAGUCAACACCCUUCCUCAUUGUCCUUCCUGUGUUGACCUUCUGGUUCCAUAGAUUCUGCAAUGGGCGGUUCGAAUCAGCAUUUGUGAGAUUCCCAUUGCAGGAGGCAAUGGUGAAGGAUACAUUGGAGAGGGCCACAGAACCGAAUCUGAACUUGAAGAACUAUCUCCAGGAUGCCUACAUUCACCCAGUUUUCAAAGGUGGUGAGUUUGAGAGACCAGAAGUCAUUGAUGAGGAAGAGAACAGUCCUCUUGUUGCUACCAAGAGGAGUUCUUAUAUAAGUAGCAAACAUGGUUCUGAGUUGAGUUCUGAAAUUGAAGGUUAAACUGCCUGGUCUCAUUGCCAUUCCAUUCCAGGCUUGUUGAUUCUUUGUUUUCUUUAUUUUCCUUUGUAAAUGCCUUGAGACUUUUUCAAAUUAAAAUCAUUUAUGGGAAGGAAAAAAUGCUGCAGAUUCAUUGCU